CAGCAAUGAAGACCGGAACAUUGACGAACACCUUUGUCACAUGGUGUACUUCACAAGGUAUUUCGGCUCCACUGCUCCAGCUAGAAACGGCCGCCGAUUCCAACUACCGUUUCAUGACUGCAGUGCAAGAGAUCAAAACUUCUGCGGAGCUUGUGCGGGUCCCGCUGACAGCCUGCUUGACGGGAGAGUCUCUGGAGGUAGUUGCCGAUAAACUUUUGUUUGAAAAGGAAAAGGGUGAUAGAUCGACCUUUGCCCCUUACUUCGAUAUGCUGCCAACGCUAAAGGAUUUUCAAUCGAUGCCUCGGUUUUGGACACCCGAGCGUCUGGAAAGCGUUUCUGACGGGGGUGAGCUGAAGCGAAGAAUGGCUAAAGACUCUCCAGUCAGAGAGGGUGAUCCUUGGGCAAUGGCGUGCGUCUGUUCACGGAGCAACUUUCUGAACGACAUGUCCUAUUCAAUGACACCCCUGUUGGAUAUGCUGAAUCACGACUGCACGGUGCGAACUUCGGCUAAAGUAUCGAAAAACAAAUUGGAUGAAGACGACAAGUGGUUGUCUCUCCAAAUUGAACAGUGCUAUCGAGCCGGUGACCAAGUCUUUAUUAGCUACGGUAGUCUUUCGAACCUCGAAACUCUCUGCGAUUACGGCUUUGUCGACCGCUCAAACAGUUGCAAUUUCGAGUCCAUUCAAGUCCAAAUGAUUCGUCGGUCACCAGUGACACUGACAGUUCUUGCCGACGGAUCGGUGGAUCCCGCGGCGAAAGCUGUUUUACGGCGAGAAUUUGCCUCUGGUGAGGACCUCGACAUGCUCAACAAAGAGGGUGCAUUGGCAGCCUUGCGUCCUCUUUCCGAAAGGAACGAAAGGGACAUGUUUGCGUUCUUGGUAACUCUCAUUGCGGAAGCUGGUACAGAGGCGUCUCAGGGAGCCAUCGAUGCGGCUUUUGUGGAAGACGAUAUUGUACAAGCUUACCUUACUUCAAGAUCUGUUCUUUUACAAAAAGCGAUCGCUCGCAUUGAGGAGAGGUUUCCGGGAAUCGAGUUUUAGUUUCGGUUAGCUGGUCGAGAGUACACUAGCAACGAAGACUCCUUUACAGUUAAUCACCCAGGCACAACUGGAACUGAAAGGUCUUGUGGCGGACGAUUGAGCAUCCAUUGUCACACUAGGAAAAGUUGAUUCACUG